AUGAGGCCUGUGAUGAAUAAUAACAAUAUUAGUGUUUGGAGGUCUCCAGUUCCUUACCUCUUUGGAGGCUUAGGUCUUGUUCUUGCUCUCAUGUCUCUCGCAUUGAUCAUCCUCUUCUGCUCACACAGAAAGAGACCUUCUUCUUCUUCUCCGUUGUCUUCGUCGUCGUCGUCUCCAGAAGAAGACAGCUUCAGAUCAUUGCAAGUAAUGGCCAUGGCUGACUCUGAGCCGAAGAUUCUUGUCAUAAUGGCUGGGGACGACAAGCCUACGUAUCUGGCUCAGCCGAUUGUGCCAUUAUCGUACUGUACCUGUGAACCUGAACCAGAAGCAUCUUCGUCUUCAACCUCAAUGAUCUGCAGCAGCAACAGUACUGACCAAAAGAUCAAUCACUAG